AUGUGGGAGUUGCUCUUGUUUGUGAUUGGCGUUUCUUGCGCCGACAUUGUGGAAACUAUUGGAACUGCUAAUGAAACCACCAACGAUCACAAUAACUCACGUAGCCUUCAAAAGAAUGGUGUCCCCGAAGAGGAUAUAAAGAACGUCGUUGUCACUGAACACGGGCCUGUGCGUGGAUACGAAAACAAUGGAGUUGUACAGUUUUUUGAUAUCCCAUAUGGACGCUUUAGCGCUGAAGGACGCUUUCAAAAUUCUUCGAAACCAGUACCUUGGGUAGCAAUACAAGAGAAAACCGAGCACACUUCUCGAUGCCCUCAAAUUAACAUUGAAAAUGCGUAUAUUGGGACUCCUGAGUGUUUAACUUUAAGCGUUUUUAAACCUCAAAGCGCUGAGUCGUCUGGCGUCCUUUUCUAUAUACACGAUAGUAAUUUCAGUAAUGGGAGCGGUGAUCCGCAGAAGUAUAUCCCCAAAAACUUAGUAUCUAAAGAUUUAAUUGUUGUCUUACCUAACUACAGAUUGGGACCGUUGGGAUUUUUGUGUUUUCAAAACAGAACUGCUCCGGGCAACGCCGGCCUUAAAGAUUUGUCUUUAGCUUUAAAAUGGACCUUUGACAAUAUUAAGAACUUUGGGGGAAAUGCUUCUAAUAUUGUAGUCAGUGGAUCAGGCGCUGCCGGCGCUAUGGUAGAGUAUUUAUUAUUAUUUAAUGGUUCAAGAAGCUUUAUUUCAAAGGCGAUAGUAGAAAGCGGUUUUACGCUCUCACCGUGGGCGUUAGACAGAAAUCCAUUACGUACUGCAGAGAAAUUAGUGGAUAAGUUACAUACCGCUGGUUCCAGUAUUAAUUCAAUUGAACAGGCAGACAUCGAACAGCUCAUAAGAGCUGCGAAGGAUAUUGAUUUUAGGCCAUGUAUUGAAUCUGAGGCAGGAUUCCUCAAUCACUCACCUUGGGCCCUUCUAGAGAAUCAAACAUUAAAAAUACCCUAUAUGUCAGGAUCAGCGAACGAAGCGGCUAUGGAAGAAGCUUUUCAGCAAACAGAGGAAAGUUUAUCGCAUCUUAAUCUCAACACAUACUUAUUGCUACCAAGUGACCUGAAAUUUGACAAUGAUGAGGAACGGGAUAAAGUUGGAAACCAAGUGAAAAAUCAAUACUUUGGAGAAAAUGACAUAACAAUGGAUAAUAGGAUAAAACUUUCGCAGUGUCUUAGUGAUAGUAAAUAUAUUUAUCCUGGAAUACGAGGCGCUAGACUCCUCAUAAAAGGUGGAUCUACUGUUUUCUUUUACGAGUUUUCCUAUAGUCGAGAGGCAGAUUCAGGUGCUGGACGAGGUGCUUUUAUUAACCUUGUAUUUAGCAAGAUAGAUACCAAUGAUGAAGGUACUUCGUACACUGAAAAUGAAGACAGCAUGAAAACUAAAAUAACAAACAUAUGGGUCAAUUUUAUUAAAACUGGAAAUCCAUCAACAGAUGCCAUCGAAUGGAAGAAUAUGACAGCUGAAGAAGAGUGGUUAUCUAUAGGCAAUGAGUUCGAAAUGCAUAAAGGUUUCCACGCUGAACGGAUGAAGCUAUGGAAUGACAUCUAUGAGAAACACUUCGUUGAGCACAAUAUUGGCCUUGAACUAAAACCAUCGACUUACAUUACAUUAGCGAGCCUAAUAUUUUUAGUAGAUUUCCGCAUAAAAUGUCUUAUA